AUGGCUUAUCAAUACGUGUUCGGGGAAAGGAUUGCUUAUCAGUUCGAGUCUGGGGAAGGAAUUGCUUAUCAGUUCGAGUCUGGGGAAGGAAUUGCUUAUCAGUUCAUGUCUGGGGAAGGGAAUGCUUAUCAGUUCGAGUCUGGGGGAGGGAUUGCUUAUGAGUUAGAGUCUGGGGAGGGAUUGCUUAUCAGGCCAAUCAUCGAGUCAACCAACACAGGAGUCGAGUCAACCAACACAGGAGUCGAGUCAACCAACACAGGAGUCGAGUCAACCAACACAGGAGUCGAGUCAACCAACACAGUAGUCGAGUCAACCAACACAGGAGUCGAGUCAACCAACACAGGAGUCGAGUCAACCAACACAGGAGUCGAGUCAACCAACACAGACAGAAUGAGUUUAGUCAAUCCAACAACCAAAACAAACGUCGUGUCAACCAACACAGAUAUCGAGUCAACCAACACAGUAGUCGAGUCAACCAACACAGGAGUCGGGUCAACCAACACAGUAGUCGAGUCAACCAACACAGGAGUCGAGUCAACCAACACAGGAGUCGAGUCAACCAACACAGGAGUCGAGUCAACCAACACAGGAGUCGANCCGCUUCUUAAUGCCCUCGGUAUUCCUGGCUACG